CGCCUGUUCCUCACGCGUUUCGCAGAGUACAGGUCCGAGAGCACCUCUUCCUGCGCUUUCUCCCCGUGUUGCUCCUCGCUUCUGCGCUGCCCGCCUUUCACUUCCAUCCGCGCUGCCCCACCACGUCGCCAGUUGAAGUCCUCCACGAGCCCCGACACCGCCAUCGUCGUCCAUACAAACUACGUCUACGGUUGCAUGAGCACACCCUGAGGCUCUAGAGGGUGUGACAGCAUCAAUAUCGAGGCUGUCUGGGCUCUGAUCCCGCCGUCCAUUCCGUCCCGCCAUCAAUAUGUCGAUGUCAAUCGCGGAGUUGGACGCCACGGUGCGCGUCUUCUAUGAAGGCAGGGGCGAGGCUCAAAAGCAGGCCCAGGCGACACUGAAUCAGUUCAAAGAGAAUCCCGAUGCGUGGCUGUUGGUCGACAAAAUACUACAGGAUGCACAAUACCCACAGACAAAAUACUUGGGCUUGCAAGUUCUGGAUAAUGUUAUCAUGACACGAUGGAAGGUCUUGCCUAGAGAUCAGUGCCAAGGCAUUCGCAACUUCGUCGUCAACUUCAUCAUCCAGCUCUCCGGCACCGAAGAGGGCUUGCGCAACGAGCGUACACUUCUGAACAAGCUGAACCUCGUCCUCGUCUCCAUUCUCAAGCAGGAGUGGCCCCAUAACUGGCCGACCUUCAUCAACGAAAUCAUAUCCUCGUGCCACAGCAGCCUGCCUAUCUGCGAGAAUAACAUGGCAAUCCUUCGAUUACUCUCGGAAGAAGUGUUUGACUAUUCGGCCGACCAGCUGACCUCUUCGAAGACGAAGGAACUCAAACAGGGCAUGAGCAAUGAGUUCACGGCUAUCUAUCAGUUGUGCUCGGAAGUCCUUCGAACUGCGACGCAAGCCAGUCUGAUCAAGGCAACUCUGGAGACACUGUUGCGCUUCCUCAACUGGAUUCCAUUGGGAUACAUCUUUGAGACACCACCUACCGGCAUGAGUCUCAUCGAGACACUGCGAAGUCGCUUCCUCGAGGUCCCGGACUUCCGCAACAUCACGCUGAAGUGCCUGACAGAGAUUGCCAGUCUUCAUACUUCUCCCUCAUAUAACGAGAAGCUUGUUCAGAUGUUCACAGAGACGCUGACUGCAAUUUCCAAGAUUAUACCCCUUUCCAUGGAUUUGAAAUCCACAUACUCCUCUAGCAACAGUAGAGAUCAGGAAUUCGUUCAGAAUCUCGCUCUGUUCCUGUGCAACUUCUUCACAAUGCAUCUAAAUGUCAUUGAGACUCUUCCCAAUCGCGACUUCCUUACUCACGGCCACUUCUAUCUCAUUCGCAUUAGCCAGAUCGACGAUAGAGAGAUUUUUAAGAUCUGCUUAGAGUACUGGACCAAGCUUGUCUCGGAACUUUAUGAUGAGAUGCAGCAAUUGCCAAUCCAGGACAUGAACCCGCUUCUCAACAUGGGUAUCGUUUCCAAUGGUGGAGCCCGGGACCCUAGCAUCCUUGCGAAUUAUCCCCUUCGCAAGCACAAGUACAACGAAGUCCUCACGAACUUGCGCCAAGUCAUGAUCGAAAAAAUGGUGCGACCAGAGGAAGUCUUGAUUGUGGAGAAUGACGAAGGGGAGAUCGUCCGGGAGUUUGUCAAAGAGAGUGACACCAUCCAGCUCUACAAAUCGACUCGAGAAUGUCUGGUUUUCUUGACGCAUCUGGACGUGAACGAUACCGAGCAGAUCAUGUCCGAGAAACUGUCGAGGCAGGUCGAUGGCACCGAGUGGUCAUGGGCGAACUGCAACACUCUGUGCUGGGCCAUUGGUUCAAUUUCUGGUGCUAUGAACGAGGAAACCGAAAAGAGAUUCCUCGUCACAGUGAUCAAGGACCUCCUCGGGCUUACCGAGAUGAAGCGAGGAAAAGACAACAAGGCUGUUGUUGCCAGUAAUAUCAUGUACAUCGUUGGCCAGUACCCGCGUUUCCUCAAGGCCCACUGGAAAUUUCUCAAGACCGUCGUCAACAAGCUUUUCGAGUUCAUGCACGAGACGCACGAGGGUGUUCAGGAUAUGGCCUGCGACACAUUCAUCAAGAUCGCCAACAAGUGCCGAAGACAUUUCGUGGCCUUGCAACCAGGGGAGACCGAGCCGUUCAUCGAUGAGAUAGUUCGGAACUUGACCAAGAUCACUUGCGAUCUGUCCCCGCAGCAGGUCCACACUUUCUACGAAGCCUGUGGCUUCAUGAUCAGCGCACAGGGCCAAAAGGGCAUCCAAGAGCGAUUGAUCUCCGACCUAAUGGCAUUCCCGAACCGAGCUUGGGAUAAUAUCAUCGGUCAAGCCAAUCAAGAUCCGACCAUCCUCCAUGAUGGCGAGAUCAUCAAAGUCAUCGGAAACAUCAUGAAGACAAACGUGGCCGCCUGUAGCUCGAUAGGCAGCUACUUCUAUCCACAGAUUGGCCGUAUCUACCUGGACAUGCUGACCAUGUAUCGCGCUAGCAGCAGUCUGAUUGACGAGGCCGUUCAGCGGGAAGGAAAUAUUGCCACCAAGAUGCCCAAAGUCCGCGGGCUACGGACUAUCAAGAAAGAAAUCUUGAAGCUCAUCAACGUCUAUGUCGAAAAGGCCGACGAUCUGGAGAUGGUGCACAACACUCUUGUGCCCAAGCUCUUGGAGGCUGUGCUACUCGACUAUAAGCGAAAUGUCCCCGAUGCCCGCGAGGCUGAGGUCCUGAACGUUAUGACUACCAUCAUCAACAAGUUACAUAGCCUCAUGGAAGAUCAGAUCAUGAACAUCAUGGACUGCGUCUUUGAGUGUACAUUGGACAUGAUAAACAAGGACUUCUCGGAGUAUCCGGAACACCGCGUCGAAUUCUUCAAACUGUUGAGGACUAUCAAUUUGCGAUGCUUCCCAGCUCUCUUGAGACUCGAUGCGCGGUCUUUCAAAUUCGUCAUCGAUUCUUGCAUGUGGGCCAGCAAACAUGACAACCGAGAGGUUGAGGGCGCUGGACUGAGCAUGUGCUUCGAACUGAUCACCAACAUGUCGGAGACGGACCCCCAAACCUGCAACACAUUCUUCCAGAACUUCUACACGACCAUUCUCCAGGAUGUAUUCUUCGUGCUCACGGACAGUGACCACAAGGCUGGCUUUAAGUCGCAAUCAAUGCUGCUGGCCAAAAUGUUCUGGCUAGUGGACUCUGGGAAGUUGCAGGGACCGAUCUAUACCGAAAACAUGGCACCGGCUGGGACGCCGAACAAGGAGUUCUUGAAAAACUUCGUUGGCAACCUGCUUGCCAAUGCAUUCCCAAAUCUACAAGCGGCGCAAAUCGCUACCUUCAUCGAUGCGCUGUUCGACUCUAACAACGACAUCAACAAGUUCAAGCUCGUGCUUCGAGACUUCUUGAUCUCGCUGAAGGAAUUCUCUGGCGACAACGCCGAGUUGUUCUCCGAGGAACGAGAGCAAGCGCUCAACAAAGCGAAGGAGGAGGAGCGAGAACGAGCGAUGAAGGUUGGCGGUCUGCUGAAGCCGUCGGAGAUGGAGGACGACGACGAGUUGUGACUGAAUGAGGAGCUGAACACGGAGGCUGCACUGCGCACACCGUGGGACAAAACAAAUCAUUACCCCGAGUCGGCCACAGAAGGAGCUAGCAAUAAAACGGAUCCAGGGGACAUCGAUGGAUGGUAUGGCCUCUGAAGAGGCACACUUUUGACUCAGACCAUUGUCAGUCUCGUGCUUUCAUUGGACCAUAUGGUGCAUUGGCGAGGGAUUUGGGCUUGGCGGGUUGCUAGCAUAGUCUCUGUUGAAAAGCGUCGUGUGGGAGAUGCUCGAUAUCCUGUGUAGUAGCGAGACUUUGGUCGGUGAAUAGAAUAGCC